AUGCUUGCACAAAGACUUAGAGCUGCGUCUGUUGCCAAGUACAACGGUGUGAAGAACGCCAACGGCAAGUACACCGUGUCUUUCAUCGAAGGUGACGGUAUUGGUAUUGAGAUCUCCAAGGCGGUCAAGCAGAUCUACGCUGCCGCCGACGUUCCUAUCGAAUGGGAGUCCUGCGAUGUGACUCCAAUCCUCGUGAACAACCAAACCGCCAUUCCUCAGCCAGCGAUCGACUCCAUCAACAAGAACUUGGUUGCCUUGAAGGGACCAUUGGCCACCCCUGUUGGUAAGGGUCACAGAUCGUUGAACUUGACGUUGAGAAAGACCUUUGACCUGUUUGCCAACGUGAGACCAGCAAAGUCCAUCGAUGGCUACCCAACCCCUUACGAGAACGUUGACACCGUGCUGAUCAGAGAGAACACCGAGGGUGAGUACUCCGGUAUCGAGCACACGGUGGUGCCAGGUGUCGUCCAGUCAAUCAAGCUGAUCACCAAGGAGGCCUCUGAGAAGGUGAUUAGAUACGCGUUCCAGUACGCAAAGUCCAUCAACAAGCCAAAGGUGCUCGUUGUCCACAAGGCCACCAUCAUGAAGCUCUCCGAUGGUUUGUUUGUUGAGACCGCAAAGGAGGUUGCAAAGGAAUUCCCAGACGUUUCCAUUGACUUUGAAAUCAUCGACAACACCUCCUUGAGAGUGGUGUCUGAUCCAAAGCAGUACUCUGACGUUGUGAUGGUGAUGCCAAACUUGUACGGUGAUAUCAUGUCCGACUUGGCCUCUGGUCUGAUUGGUGGUUUGGGUUUGACUCCAUCAGGUAACAUGGGUGACAAGGUGUCUAUCUUUGAAGCCGUCCACGGUUCUGCCCCAGAUAUCGCUGGCCAAAACAAGGCCAACCCAACUGCUUUGCUGUUGAGUUCUUGUAUGAUGUUGCAGCACAUGGGAUUGGACUCUUACGCUGAAAAGAUCCAGAAGGCUGUCUUGAAGACCAUCGCUUCCGGUAAGGAGAACAGAACUGGUGACUUGAAGGGUACUGCUUCUACCUCCCACUUCACCGAGCAAGUCAUCAAGAACUUGUAG